ACAGUAGUGACGGCCGCGCGGGAGCGGUCACAUGACCGUAGCGGCAGCCUGUACAGUAAGAACCCAAUAUGGCAGCGGCGGUAGCAGUGGCAACGGCAGCAGGAGGACCGGCCGCCCCAUAGACCCCCCCGCGCACCACCCCCACCGCUUCCUCUGCUUGGGUGCCCCCCCGGCCUGACUUCCCUUUUCUCCCACUUUCCCGGCACCGCGGGAAAAGCAGCGCAGGGCACAGCAGGCAGGGAGGGCGGCCGGAGCCCGGACACGGGAGCCUCCCAGUCAGUUCAAGACCCGACAUGAGGGAAAAGGGACGUAGGAAGAAGGGCAGGACCUGGGCGGAGGCCGCCAAGACGGUCUUAGAAAAAUACCCCAAUACACCCAUGAGUCAUAAAGAAAUUCUUCAAGUUAUCCAGAGAGAAGGACUAAAAGAAAUCAGAAGUGGGACUUCUCCUCUUGCAUGCCUGAAUGCUAUGCUUCAUACAAACUCCAGAGGUGAAGAGGGCAUCUUCUAUAAGGUUCCAGGUAGAAUGGGAGUAUAUACUUUGAAGAAAGAUGUGCCGGAUGGGGUGAAAGAGCUGUCAGAAGGUUCAGAAGAAAGCAGUGAUGGUCAGUCAGAUUCCCAGAGUUCUGAGAACAGCAGCAGCAGCAGUGAUGGUGGCAGCAACAAGGAGGGAAAAAAGAGCAGGUGGAAAAGGAAAGUAUCGUCAUCCUCCCCGCAGUCAGGCUGCCCGUCACCCACCAUUCCAGCAGGUAAAGUCAUUUCUCCAUCACAGAAGCACAGCAAGAAGGCCCUAAAGCAGGCGCUAAAGCAGCAACAGCAGAAGAAGCAGCAGCAGCAAUGCAGGCCAAGCAUAUCCAUCUCCUCCAACCAGCAUCUCUCUCUAAAGACUGUCAAAGCAGCCAGUGACUCUGUACCUGCCAAACCUGCAACAUGGGAAGGAAAGCAAUCUGAUGGACAGACAAGCAGCCCUCAAAACUCAAACUCCAGCUUUUCUUCUUCAGUUAAAGUGGAAAAUACUUUACUAGGCUUGGGGAAGAAGUCAUUCCAGAGAUCUGAGAGACUCCAUACCAGACAGAUGAAAAGAACUAAAUGUGCCGACAUUGACGUUGAGACACCGGACUCCAUUCUGGUUAAUACAAAUCUGCGAGCCCUGAUCAACAAGCACACGUUUUCAGUCCUUCCUGGAGAUUGCCAGCAACGACUGCUUUUACUACUCCCAGAGGUAGAUCGACAGGUUGGUCCAGAUGGUUUAAUGAAGUUAAAUGGCUCAGCCCUUAACAAUGAAUUCUUCACUUCAGCAGCCCAAGGCUGGAAGGAAAGACUCUCAGAAGGUGAGUUUACACCUGAGAUGCAGGUGAGAAUUCGACAAGAGAUUGAGAAGGAGAAAAAAGUGGAGCCAUGGAAAGAACAAUUCUUUGAAAGCUACUAUGGGCAGAGUUCUGGCCUGAGCCUUGAAGAUUCUAAGAAAUUGACAGCUUCUCCCAGCGAUCCCAAAGUAAAGAAAACCCCAGCUGAACAACCAAAAUCCAUGCCUGCAUCAGAGGCCUCUCUUAUCAGAAUAGUUCCAGUAGUCCCCCAGUCGGAGUGUAAAGAAGAAGCAUUGCAAAUGUCAUCACCAGGCAGAAAAGAAGAGUGUGAAAGCCAAGGUGAAGUGCAGCCGAACUUCUCCACAUCUUCAGAGCCCCUGCUCUCCUCAGCUCUCAAUACACAUGAGCUUAGCAGCAUUCUUCCCAUCAAGUGCCCAAAGGAUGAGGAUCUCUUGGAGCAGAAGCCAGUCGCCUCUGCUGAGCAGGAAUCUGAGAAGAACCAUCUCACCACAGCUUCUAAUUAUAACAAAAGUGAAAGCCAAGAAUCUUUAGUUACAUCGCCAAGCAAACCCAAGAGUCCUGGGGUUGAAAAACCAAUAGUGAAGUCCACAGCAGAAGCGGGUCCACAGGAGACUACUAUGAAAGAACCUCUAGCAACUGUUGUUGAUCAGAGCCCAGAAAGCCUCAAGAGGAAGUCUUCCCUAACCCAAGAAGAGGCCCCUGUGAGCUGGGAGAAGAGGCCACGUGUCACUGAGAAUCGCCAGCACCAGCAGCCAUUUCAGGUCUCACCACAGCCCUUUCUCAAUAGAGGGGACAGAGUCCAGGUGCGAAAAGUACCACCUCUCAAGAUCCCGGUCUCCAGAAUCUCCCCCAUGCCGUUUCAUCCAUCGCAGGUCUCUCCCAGGGCUCGUUUUCCAGUCUCCAUCACUAGUCCUAACAGAACAGGAGCCAGAACUCUUGCAGACAUCAAAGCAAAAGCCCAACUGGUCAAAGCACAGAGGGCAGCAGCCGCCGCUGCCGCCGCAGCUGCUGCAGCCGCCUCAGUUGGAGGGACCAUUCCAGGACCUGGCCCAGGGGGUGGACAAGGUCCAGGAGAGGGUGGUGAAGGGCAGACUGCUAGAGGAGGCAGUCCAGGCUCAGACAGAGUCAGUGAAACUGGAAAGGGCCCCACACUGGAACUGGCAGGAACUGGAAGCAGGGGAGGUACGAGAGAGCUUUUACCCUGUGGUCCAGAGACUCAGCCCCAGUCUGAGACCAAGACCACCCCAGGACAGGCACAGCCUCAUAGUGUCUCUGGAGCACAACUACAGCAAACCCCCCCAGUGCCUCCAACACCUGCCAUCAGUGGAGCAUGCACAAGUGUCCCAUCACCAGCCCACAUAGAGAAAUUGGAUAAUGAAAAACUGAACCCCACCAGAGCAACAGCCACAGUGGCCUCUCUCAGCCAUCCACAAGGGCCCAGUAGUUGCAGACAGGAGAAAGCACCUUCUCCAACAGGUCCUGCUCUAAUCUCAGGUGCCUCACCUGUUCAUUUUGCAGCUGAUGGCACAGUUGAGCUCAAAGCAGGUCCUAGUAAGAAUAUACCUAACCUUUCAGCCUCAUCAAAGACAGAUGCUAGUGUGCCAGUGGCUGUAACUCCCUCCCCUUUAACAUCUUUAUUGACCACAGCCACUUUAGAAAAGCUUCCUGUACCCCAGGUCAGUGCAACUACAGCACCUGCUGGAUCAGCUCCACCCUCGAGCAUUUUGCCAGCAGCUUCAGCUUCUAGCCUUAAAACCCCAGGAACUUCUUUAAACAUGAAUGGACCCACUUUAAGACCAACCUCUAGUAUCCCUGCUAAUAAUCCUUUAGUGACUCAGCUGCUUCAAGGCAAAGAUGUUCCCAUGGAGCAAAUUCUGCCUAAACCUCUCACCAAAGUUGAAAUGAAAACGGUUCCACUGACUACAAAAGAGGAAAGGGGGAUGGGAGUGCUCAUAGGUACCAACACAACAGAAAAUAGCACCAGAGAGGAAGUUAAUGAGAGACAGUCCCAUCCAGCUACACAGCAGCAGCUGGGCAAAACCUUGCAAAGUAAGCAGCUCCCCCAGGUUCCAAGGCCCCUUCAGCUCUUUUCAGCUAAGGAGCUGAGGGACUCCAGCAUUGACGCACACCAAUACCAAGAAGGACUAAGUAAAGCAACCCAAGAUCAGAUCCUUCAGACUCUCAUUCAGAGGGUUCGGAGGCAGAAUCUUCUCUCAGUUGUGCCGCCCUCGCAGUUCAACUUCGCUCACUCAGGUUUCCAGCUGGAAGACAUCUCCACAAGCCAGAGGUUCAUGCUGGGUUUUGCUGGCAGAAGGACAUCCAAACCUGCAAUGGCAGGGCACUACUUACUGAAUAUUUCUACCUACGGCCGGGGCUCAGAGAGCUUUAGGAGGACCCAUUCUUUAAACCCUGAAGACCGUUUUUGUCUAAGCAGCCCCACUGAAGCCUUGAAAAUGGGAUAUACAGACUGUAAAAAUGCAACAGGAGAGAGUAGCAGCAGCAAAGAAGAUGACACUGAUGAGGAAAGUACUGGUGAUGAGCAGGAAUCUGUCAUGGUGAAAGAGGAGCCCCAGGUUUCCCAGAGUGCUGGCAAGGGUGACACAAGUUCAGGACCCCACAGCAGGGAAACUCUGUCUACCAAUGAUUGCUUAGCUAGCAAGAAUGUGAAGGCUGAGAUACCAGUGAGUGAGCAAACCACUUUAAGUAAGGAGAAUUACCUGUUCACUAGAGGCCAAACAUUUGAUGAAAAGACCCUAGCCAGAGAUUUAAUUCAGGCAGCACAGAAGCAGAUGGCUCAUGCAGUGAGAGGUAAGACAAUCCGUAGCAGCCCCGAGCUUUUCAAUUCUACUAUUCUUCCUCUGCCUGCAGACAGCCCCACCCACCAGCCCCUACUCCUUCCACCCCUGCAAACCCCGAAGUUGUAUGGAAGCCCCACCCAGAUAGGGCCAAGCUACAGAGGCAUGAUCAAUGUCUCCACCUCAUCUGACAUGGACCAUAACUCUGCUGUACCAGGUAGCCAGGUAUCUAGCAAUGUAGGUGAUGUCAUGUCAUUUUCAGUGACUGUCACUACCAUCCCUGCUAGCCAAGCUAUGAAUCCCAGCAGCCAUGGCCAGACCAUUCCUGUUCAGGCCUUCCCUGAAGAGAACAGCAUAGAGGGCACGCCUUCGAAAUGUUACUGCCGCUUAAAAGCCAUGAUCAUGUGCAAAGGCUGUGGCGCUUUCUGCCAUGAUGAUUGCAUUGGCCCCUCCAAACUGUGUGUCUCCUGCCUUGUCGUUCGGUAAUGAGACUAGAAAGAGAUACACUGUAAAGGAGGGGGAAGGGAAGGGUUGACCAGUUGGGUUUUUUGUGUCCUUUUGGAAUCACAGAAAUAAACAAGUAGGUUUCAGUUGUCUUCAGAGACAAAUGUUACUUAAUCAGGAAUACAAAGUACAGAUUUUUUACAUUUUAGAGGAAGAGCACCUUGUAUAGUAAGUCUAAGUCAAGCAAGACUUUGUGAAUUUGUGACAAGUUUGCACUUACAAAAUCAUGUAAAUAUGUCACAUUUUGUUUAACAUUAUUUUUCCAAGUGUUUAGGUAAUAAUGUAUUACUUUGAAUUCAGAUUUAUGUUCUACUACUUGUGACUGAGAAAAGUUUAAUGCCAGCAUGGUAAAAGGAAGCUGUCUCCCUUCUGACAUUUCCUAGGAAGCUAGGAAAAGGAAAGUGAAGGAAUGGUCUAAAGAAAUGACCAUUCACACUGAUUUUGUCUGGACAGUCUGGCUGCAGGUUAUUCAUAGAUUAUUCAGCCUUUGCAGGACUUGGAUUCAGGGUUUUACUCAGUCCCUUUACCUUAGAUGGAAUCUUAUUAAAUUGAAAUUUUUGGUAAGGAAUUCAUUUCACAGGUAGUGUUUCAGACUCUGAAAGCCCUGACUUGGUUCUUGGCUUCUACUGUACUAGUUACUAGUUACUAGUACUGUUGCCAAGCAAUCUGCUUGGAAUUUGUGGAUCCCUGCUGUUCCCUAAUCCCACCCCCUGCCCUGAGACGGUGAAUGUAGUCCGUGAAAGGAGUGCCUCUCUGGGACCCCCUGUGUUGUUACAGGCUGUGCAGUGCAACAAUUCCAGCAAAAAUACCUUAUCCCCACACUUAGUCAUUCGUGGUAACUAACAAUUUUGAAAUACUCAUAUAAAAUGAACAGGAAAGUGUUAGUGAUUGGGUGAUUUGAGCUACAUCUUGCUGAGCAAGGGGAGUGAAACCACAGAAACUGUUAAAUUGAAUGUAAGGAACUUUGGAAAACAAUUUUGACACUAGAACAAGGUCGCCUCUCUUUUCCUCUUCUCUCCCAACCUGUUAACCUAGUGCUAGAUAGUCAGCUGUUGUUGCAGGUAGAAAAGCUCACCAAUGCCACAUUUGUUCCUUCUGUUCAACCUCUUUUGACCUCCCAGGCAUCUGAACAGGAUGACAUCAUCUUAUAUCUUACUAUACACAUACGAGUAUGUGCACACACAUACACAAGACACUUUUCCUGUUUUAGAAAAUAUAGCCCUUGUUUGGAUUACUGCUGUCUGAGCACUAGAAAUUUCUAAUGGAAAGGGGCCUCAGUGAAUGGCUAAGGGAACAUCGGGAAAGGAAGGAAAAUGAGCCCUAAAGGUUUUUUGGUUGCUUGUUUUUGUUUCUUUUUCUUUUUUGUUUCCUUUUUUGUUUUUAAAUCCUUCUGUAGUGACUGAAGAAUUUGUGAGUACAUAAUAUUUAGGUCAUGGUUAAGGAACAUUAAAAUCUGCAGUUUAACAGAAUUUUGUAUUAAAUGGGGGAGUGUCAAUUUGCAUCAUUUGCAUAUUGAUUUCAAGUCUCCUAAUUUGGAAUAUGUAAAGUACAAAUGUUAAUGCAACAUAGUACAGUUGUAUUUGUCCUUCAUAUUCAGGAUGUGAUGUUUACAAAAUGCAGAACAGUUUAAACUUGUUAAGUCACAUUCCAGAUUAGGAGAAAAUGGGCAAUAAUAAUCUCUGUUUUGCCCCCAUUCUACUACCCACCACUGCCCACCCCACCCCCACAUCACACACUCUUUGAUGCUUUCCCACAGCCCCUGCUCCGCUCCAUAAGAAACUCGCUUCACUGUUUUUCACUUUUCACUUCUGGCUUUUUUGUGGCCCAAGGCCAAUAUAGGAUUAAUAUCUGUGUUCCAGCUUCAGCCAGAACAAUAUGUCUGUCCAUCUUUCCCCCUUUCUUCCAGCACACACACAGCUAAGAGAUAAGAAGGCUACAAGGAUUGGGGAUAAGGAGUAUAUUUUCAAGCCAAGAACCAGUAGAAAACAGAAAUAAUGGUGCUCCCAAACAUUCAAUACGUUGGGCAAUCCAAGAAGGGUUUAAAGAGACCUGUUGCUGAAUAGAACUCUCCCUGCCCUACCCCUUCACUCCACCUUAGUGCCAGGGCUGAGGGCUGGUCUGCGUGCUGGAAGAGGUUGAGAGUUUUGGAAUUGACUCCAUGCUAAAUGUCAGUUACCAAUUUGGAUUGAUGAAAGUGAUUUUUCUGCUUUACCCUUUUCCUGUCAGAAAGGUUUUCCUCUGUGCUUCCCUUAACUUAAGGACGAACAGACUAUAACUAGGAAAGGAGGAAAGGUAUCAGAGAUUUUUAAGUCCGUUUAGAGAGCAAACCAUAUUGUGCCUCUUCAUCUUGACCCAGGCUCUUAUAGAUAGGUCCUAAACAUUACUGAUUAUCUUAACAAAUAAUACUCAGCUAAAUAUUUGCAUUUAGGAAUACUCCUAAAACAGAUAUUGCCAACUAGACACACUGCCUCAAUCUUGACCAGACGAGAGAACAGUUAAAUUCUCUUAGUUGGGUAGUAACUUGAAUACCAGUCUAUUUAUCAGUUUGUUUCAACACAGAGGUUUCAAGUAGAAAGCCAUUCAUCUUAAAAGCUGAACAGAAAAAUUAAAAAAAAAAAACACAUUAAAAUCUGGCCUUUUAGAAAACAAAGCAGUAGAAAUAAAACCUUUAUUAGUAUGGUACUCCAGCAGCACCUUUAAAACAAUCUUUACCUUAGGUUUUUGAGUUGUUUUACCUUUCAGCCCAAUCUGAAAAGUUUUAAUAAAUGCUGAGCUUAUUCUUAGGGUAUGACCUGGCAUUAUUUCCAGUGACUAGUCAGGCAUUAUGCCUGAUGCAUAUGCCUCCCGUGCACCCUUAUCCAGCCUUCGGAUGUCCUGUACUGCAGGUCACCCCAGGAGAUAGCAUCAAUAAUAUAGCCUCAGUCUUGUUUAUGAAGAUUCUAAGUUGUCUGGUAAAGAAGUCUCCCUGAAUCUUAAAUAAUUUUGGAGAAUUAGAAUUCUCCAUCCUAUUAAACAGAAAGUAAAGCCAAAUAGCCUGGAGUUGUUUGUCCUACUUCUGUUCCAUAACCCCUAUGCUCAAGAUACUGAAGCUAUCUGUGGUAUUUCAUGUAACAUUUCUAAGAAUAAGAGCUGGCAAAUGGGAAACUUGGGGUGGAGAGAGUAUACUUAUUGGGCUGUGAAGGCAUACAGAUGUACAUGUUUUAGAGCUUAUCUCAGAUUUAAAUAGCCAAAGGAAGACCUCAUUGCCUUCCAGGUGAAGGUGCAAAGUCAUACAUAUUAAUGACCUGACAGUUAACAUUCUGUUGCUUAUUAUUGCCUUUCUCCACCUUAGAGAGCCAUAAAUAACUCUCUGGUGAAGUGAUUUGCUAUAAUCGGGGUGAGGAGUGGGGAGACUUGUCUGGUCAUUACACUGCUAUUUAUUUCUAGAAUUCACUAUCAGUGAGCAGUGCCAGAGUGUUUUCUCUGACCUAGAGGUUUCACAUCAUAGCAAGGAGGGAAAAGUCUCCCCAUCUCAUUACAACAGUGUGCUAAGUAAGUAACUUGGCCAAGGGUAGUUUUCAGCUCAAUUUAUAGAAUAGUCCAAAGAGACUUUGAGAAACAUGGUGAUAGGCAGGGGCCUUUCCUACCAUGUUUCAAUACCUACAAACCUAUUGAAAGAGAACAGUAGGUAGAACAUUUCCUAAAGUUGAAGCAAUAGCUUCGUAGAUUCUUGGUUACUUUAUUUUUUUUAAUGCUUUACAUUUGAUACAACUAUUGAAGAUCAAUUUUAAAAAUAGCUUUCCAGUAAUAUAUUUUAAGUAAUAUAUAUUUUAAUAUCUGUAAAAAGUGACAGUGGAAGACUUUGAAUUUCUCAUAUAUGGUAUGUUUGAUGUAGGACCUCACUGUUAAGGCACAAAUUAUUUCAAAGGAAGUUACUCUAAAGACACUCAGAUUAUUUCAGAAAAAUGCAAUAAGGGGAAUAGUUUUGGGAUUUAUUUUUUAUUUUAAAAGAAAAUUGACUUAUUUACCACAAGCUAUUUUUUUCCCUUCUGGCUAUAAGGUUUGUACAGACUGGUUUGGUAAAUGCUAAACUUUUGUGUCUUUUGCCUUUUUAAAGGAAUUGUUAACAUUGGAAUUGAGGGUAUGUACAGAGAAGUUGGUGUCAACACCAUUUAAAAAGUCAUAUUUUUUCACAAAUAUAGAAAAUCAUUUUACAUAAGAAUUUUAAGUAUUUGCAAUAAAUAUAUGUAUAUAGAUUGUAUGUAUUCCUAUAUUCUUAUUUUUCAUUUUAUUAUUAAGUAAAAGAUCAUUAAAAGUGAAAAUAAAAA